AUGGUCGAAAUUGAAUUUAAUAAGGAGAACGAGGAGGAUUUCUCCGAUCCACCAGAUUUUGUCGACGAUGUUACCGAUGAAGUUCUCGUGCCCGAUAUGCUUUACAAGCGUCCAACAAUCGAAGAAUUCGAAGACAACAUCGUAUUCAUCGCCGGUAUCCCAGUCGUCGGUGCCGAUCGUAUUGGUAGACUUCAAAGUGUGCUGAAGAAGGUUCUGGAGAAGAUGGAUCCCGCUGUGAAGCUUUUCAUUCCAACAAACUCGGAAGGAGGCUCAGUGGGAGUCCUUCUCACCGAGUGGCCGGACUACCGAGCCGCCGCGUUCGCCGUCAAAUCUCUUGAAGGAUAUUCUUUUGACAAGAACCAUCAGUUCUCCGCUCGUUUUUUCACUGAUAUGAAGAAGUUGCAGGCGCCGGCGGAAGACUGGCAGACACCCACCAAAUCAGAGUACGCUGACGUCGGAGAUUUGUGGUGGUGGUUGCAGAAUGAGCGUUGUCGUGAUCAAUUCGCGAUUUCUCACGAUAAAUUGGGCGUUCCGACUGUCGGAAUCUUCACCAAUAUGAAGGGAAACGAUCCGGAACUCGCUGGAGACCCGGAUAAGGCUGAGAGAGCUAACUGGACAGAAACCGUGUUCACCUGGUCACCACACGGCUCGUACCUCUCGACAAUACACAAGCGAGGAAUCAUUCUUUGGGGUGGAAGAGACUACGCUCGUGCGCAUCGUUUCGCCCACGAGAACGUGCAAUACAUUGACUUUUCGCCGUGCGAGACGUUCCUCGUCACCUACGCCGCUCCAGAAGAGACGAACAGUUGGGGAGACUACGAGAAGGACAGUGUGAGAGUUUGGGACGUUCGAACCGGCGAGUUGAAGAAAGCCUAUUCGACUUUCGAGCUGACAGGAAGAACUCAGUUGCCAACGUGGCCGUUCUUCAAAUGGUCGUUCGAUGAGAAGUUCUUCGCGUGUUUGAAGGCUCCGGAGAAGGAUAAGCUGGAAAGAGAGCGAAAAGUCGACGGAAUCUCAAUUUUCGCUUCUGAAGACUUUGAGCUCGUCGAGCAACGAAGCGUCGUUAUUGAGAAUAUCAAGCACUUCGACUGGUCACCAACAGCCACCAUCCUUGCCUACUACUCUGAGUGUACUGACGCCGUGCCGGCUGAAUUCGGUUUGCUGCAAGUGCCAUCUAUGCAGAGACUUCGUUCGGCACGUGUGCACAACGUGGCGGACGCUCAGAUGUUCUGGCAGAAGAGUGGAAAGAGAUUGGCGUUUUAUACGAUGAGAUAUAAGAAGAAGGAGUUCAGAGAGACCGGAGAGGUCAAGUAUGUGGGCGGUUGCCAAUGCCACGUCGACAUCUUUGAAAUCGACAAGAAGGACGUCUCCCUUAUGAAUCUCCCGCUCUCCGAACCAUUCAUCCACUUCGAUUGGGAUCCAGAAGGCGACAAAUUCUGUGUUCUCGUCGGAAACAACGCCAAGGCGACACCGCAAGUCUACAGAAUCGAAGCGAACAGCCACGCUCCCAAGCUCAUCAGCAAAUUGGACGCCGGAGUUCACUUCAACGAGGUUCAAUUCGCACCGAAAGGAGGGUGGUUGGCAGUUCUUGCCAAGGUUUCAGCCGGUGGAAAUGUCUAUUUCAUUGAUACCUCACUGGCAGAGGCCAAGAGAACCAACGUCAUUGAGCAUCCACUCUUCAACAAGGGAUACUGGGAUCCAACUGGCCGUUACUUUGCCACUUGCUCCACACUCGGAGGCCGCGCCGGAGCAGAUCUCGGCUACAGAAUCUUCACAUUCCAAGGUCGUGAACUGUGCCGGAAAAACUUGGAUCGUCUUGCACAAUUCAAGUGGAGACCACGGCCACCUGUGAAGCUCAGUGAGCAGAAGCAGAAGGAGAUCAAGAAGAAUUUGAAGAAGACCGCCGCCAAAUUCAUCAAACAAGACGACGAUGAGAAGUGUCGUGCCUCCCAAGAAGUCGUUGAGAAGCGUCGCAAGAUUAUGGCCGCCUUCGAUAUCAUUAGAAAUCGGAAUCGCGAGCAGUUGGAGGCGACACGCGAGCAGCGUAUCGCGUUGAGAAAAGGAGUGGACACCGAGGCGCCACUCGACGAGGACGAUUUUGUGGAUGAGGAGAUUACCAUCGCGUUGAGCACCAGUAAAACACCGGCACCUCUCACUGAGGAGGAGGAGAGAGACUAA